GAAUGUCGCUACGUAACCUGAUCUUAGCUGACAACACAGGAAGCGGAAGUGCUUAAACAUUUAGACUGCGUGGAACGCUGCGUUAGUAUCCAGCCAUGUCGCAAGGACACAGGGAUGCGGGUGCUGCGGCAUGCCGGACGAUAAUCGUCACCAACCAUUGCCCGCCCAUAAUGCGGAAACGCGACAUAUGGCGUGUGGACCAGUUCCACCUGCUUAGGAAGGUUGGAAGUGGAUAUGCAUCCACCGUGUACCUUGGGACGUGUCGGACGUCAGGAAACCAGGUCGCGGUGAAGCUGUAUCAUAAGCAAAAACUGAGUGAGCUGAAUCAUUUCCAAGUCGCUCGCGAAAUUACCAUUCAUUCCUCACUUGAUCACAAGAACAUCAUCCAACUGUGGGCGGCCUUUGAGGACCAAUAUGGCAUCUACCUGGUGUUUGAGUACGCAAGCAAGGGCGACGUGUUCACGGAGGUGGAGCGGAGAGGUGGUCAACUGGACGAGGCGGAGACGGUCCGCGCGGUGGUCUACCCCUUUCUCAGCGCGCUGGACUACCUCCACAGUCGCUGUAUCAUUCACCGUGAUAUCAAGCCCGAGAACCUGCUGUUCACUGCGACCGGGGUGCUUAAAGUGGCGGACUUUGGGUUGUCAAUCAACUUCAGCCAGGAGCGGCCGGUGACGCGCGUGGGCACACUGGACUACAUGGCGCCGGAGGUGGUGGUGUGCCCGGACAAGCACCGGCCGCAGGACCACAAGGAGCUCAAGCACUUGCACUACACGCCGCUGGUGGAUGCAUGGGCGGUGGGCGUGCUGGCAUAUGAGCUCAUUGUGGGGCGGCCACCCUUUGACAAGGGCCAGAAGAAGGCAACUAUUGCCGAAAUCCUCAAUAGUGAACCAUUCAUCCCGCCUUGGCUGUCGGAGGGCGCUACGCACUUCAUUCGCUGGUCACUGACCAAGGAGGUGGGCAAGCGCCCCUCCGUGCAGCAGCUGGCAGAGCACCCCUGGAUCGUGAGCCACAUGAAGCAGAGUGUGCUGGCGCCCGCACGGCGGCAGCUGGUCAAGACAGACUCGUUCGUGGAGCCGCGCCAGCUGGGCUUCCGCGGCAGCAAUGCGCCUGGCGCCGGCGAGCCAUCAGGGCCAAGCAAGGAGCCGCCGCGGCCGCUGCAGGUGUCAUCGGUGGCGCAGGGCGGCCGCUUCCUGGGCCACUCCAGCUCCAUGUCCGCUAUGGACGGCAUGCGCUACCGCGACAUCCAUCUGGACUCGGUCACAGGCGGCAUGGCCAGCGCGGCAACGGAGGCACUCAAAUCGGUGAAGCGCGUGUCGGACGGUGACGGCACCACGGGCGGGCGGCCCAGUGCGGCAGGCGGACGCGUGAGCCGCGCGGGCACGGCGCGCAACAGCGGCACGGGGCAGGCACCACUGAGCCGCAUGAACAGCAUGAGUGCGCAGGCUGUAGUGGCGGCUGCGGCGGCGGCGAUGGCUUCAGGGUCUUUCGGCGGCGCGGCGCACGGCAGCGAGGACAGCCCCAAGGGCGGGCGGGCGCUCACGCGUGAGGAGCUGUACGCCUCGCUCACGGCGCCCCUUGGCGGCCGCGGCAGCCCGGUGCUGGCGCGGUCGUUCACGGCAGGGCGGGCCAGCCCCGCGCCGCAGCAGAUGGCGCCGCUGCCUACGAACGCUGGGCGCAAGAGUGGAGGCGGCGGGCUAGGCAGUGGCCGCAGCAGCCUGAGCGGGCAGGCUACCGGGGCGCCUCCCAGUCGCGGGGCGGCUGAGCUGGCGCACGACCUCAGCCGGCUGCGAGUGGACUCAGCCGCGAGUGGGGGUGGCGGCGCGGCUGGCCCCUCCACCAGCGCCAGCGGUGCGGUACCGUACAGCCCGGGCAAAGGCUCCUCGGGCAUCCGGCCGUCCCCGCCACAGGCGCCGUCGCCCACAGCGCGCGGCCUCAGGACAGGCUCCCCGCUCAUUCCCAGCCGGCUGUCGCAGUCCUUCACCAGCCCCGUGUCGCCCCUCGCCGCUGGCUCUAACGCCAGCGCUGGCACGCCGCACCUCAGCCGGCUGGGCAAGACAUCAAACUCCGGCAUAGUGCCUGCCGUCGCAACGGCUAACACGCCUGGCUCUGCCCGGCCGCCGGCUGGCAUGGAUGCACAUUCCUCAGCUGCCUCGUCUGCAGCGGCGGCGGGCGCCCAAAGCAGCCCGCAUCAACCUGCCGCUGCUGCCGCUGGCAGUAGCUUGACAGUCAGCACUACGCCAGCUAGCCCAGGCGGCUCAAGCGGCUACGGCCAAACGAGAGCCAGUCCGCGAGAGCUGCCGGGGGAGCGGGACCCUGAGCUGGAGGACUCAGAGGUUGAGGACGAGCCUGAGACCGAGCGCAGUCCAAGCAAGAGCAAGAGCCUGUUUAAGAAGAUCUUUAGCUGACGCACCGCAUGUAGUAGCAGGGCACUGCGAUGCACCUGACCACGUGUGGUGGACUGAUGGUGGAAGGCAGCGGCAUGCUGUUAACUGCGUAGAGGGCGGUGGGUGUCGAUGGGGUUGACAGUGCUGCGGGUAUUGCAAUGGACUGGAUCAGCGCACGCUGGUUUGCCGAAUAAGCGGCGGCGGGAUGCCGCUGUGGACUCACUAAGGUGUGUGCCCGGUGUGCCCGCUUCGUAUUGUGGUGGUCUACACUGGCAAGGGGCCCCGAGCUUGGAUUGCGGGAUACGGUACCCGCAUUAUGACGUCAUUUCGUCAAAAGCCUCACGAGGGCGCGCGAAGUUGCUGCCGGCUGUAUACGGCAUGUGUGCGGUUGAGGCUGGAGGAGUACAACAGAGACUACGCAUGGCCGCAGCGCAGUAGUGAUCCGGCCGUGUCGGUGUGAAGCAAUGUCGGGGCGGCAAACCCGAGUUUUGGGACCGGUACUUGGCAGUGCUCUGGUGUCAAUUCCUCCACCUGGGUGUGAUCACGGUCGUAAGGGAGUGGUGAAUGCAUCGGUAUUGAGCGGCGACCAGACUCUGGGUCUGCACAGAUGGAUGGCUGGGGGACGCUGAAACGCGUUUCUGUUCAACGCAAAUG